AUGGUCAUGGAUCCUUCUUCUCGCCUGAAGUAUCUCCUUCCACCUCUCCUCCUUCUCUUGUUCAUAUCUGGUUGCUCAAACUCUGCAGCUGGACCUGUUCCCGGAAACGAGUCGGACAGGCUCGCCCCGCUCGACUUCAAGAGUCUCAUCACCCAGGACCUGCUCCAAAUCCUCAGCUCAUGGAACGGGUCGGUCCAUUUCUGCAACUAG